ACCACGUAGCUAGGCCCAGGCUCCUCAGCCAUCAUGCUUCCCGCUCUUGAUUGCGGCAAUCGUGUCGUGUCCGCCACCCCGUGCUCUGUCCGUCGCUAAAGCAGAUACAGAUACGGUGCUGGGUUUUGCCUUUUUAUCCCCCCUUUCCUUCCCCCAUAAUGACAAUCAUUCGUCGACGCCGACACAACCAAAACACCUACCACUCAAAUCAUCGAACCCGCAAUAGUUGCGCUACGGGAAUUUACAGCCCUACCUCAGCCACAAUCACAUUCUCUAUCGCUCCCGUCUCUUUUGCCUCGAAAAUGAUCGAGUCCAGUAGCAAAGGGCUUCUGGCGCCGGAAGUACAUGCGCACGACGACGAUGACAUGUCCGAGACGGAGGCUUGCAUUGAUCGGAGAAAUCGGCACCCGAUUCCAGCUGUGCCACCUUCAUCCUUGCCCGUGUACAUGACCAUUCACCGAGUGAGGAGAUUAGUAGCUGCCGCUGUCGAUGAACCAUAUUCGCUUGAACAACUCAAAGACCACAGGGUAAACAAGGAGAUAGUCCGCCCCCUUGUCGAUCGUCUUUAUACUCCAAGCGACAUCUCCGUAGUCUACUGCCUGCUCGCCAACCGUGUCCAGUUCCUUCGUGAACAGUCGAGCACAGUUCACCAGACUGUCACCAUAGCUCGUGCCACUCUUUGCGAGCUUGCUGCCACCCUCAUCCUCCGCCGUCUCCAUGAGGAGCACACCAGCGAGGAUGGCCUACUACUCCUCUCUCAUGUACUCGUCGAGGGCUUCGAUCCCUUUCAGGGUGCUCCAGACUCUGUCCAGCUGGACACGGCUGCUCGACAGUGGCGACUGCAGGAGCGUGAGGGUCAUGAACGGAAGCUAACCGCCUUGGAGCUGGCCAUCAUCUCGGAAAGCAAAACUUUCAUCAGCUCACCUGCCUGCCAACGUGUUGUUAAUGCCGUCUACGAGGGUCAGGUCAUCUAUACGCCUCUUUCAGUCAUGGACAUCCUACCAGAUCAUUACCGUCACCAUCCAAUCUCACUGUACGACCCACGCAAAGCUCCAAUAUUAAACCACUACCGCCUGAUUGUCCCGCGGUGGCGCAACGCCGUCGAGAUGUGCCAGUUUCUGAUACUUCUGGGUCUAUACGUACUCACCAUGAUGUACCGAAACGACGAGGGUACUGAGCUUUUUGAGCUCAUGUUCAGCAUCUACACGGCCGGCUGGGUGUUGUCCGAGUUGGCGGCUAUUGCUGAACACGGCUGGGAGGUUCACUCACAAUCUCUCUGGUCUUUCCUCGAUCUGACAUUUAUCUUUAUCUACGGCGCGUAUGUAAUCGCCCGUAUAUUUGACAUAUAUGCGGGCCGCUUUCCUCUUGGUCAGGGCCUGCAUAUCCUCUGCAUCGCCGCGCCCGUGCUCCUUACCAGAUUGGCUUUUACACUAUUGCCAAACAACAUCGUCUUCAUCAGCGUGCGCGCUGCCAUGAGCGACUUUAUGAUGCUCACCUUCCUGGCCACGUGGUGUUUCGUCGGCUUCCUCCUGGCGCUGCAGUGGCUGAUCGAUAGCGAUGACAACUCCAACACUACGAUUAUCACGCCUCGUUGGUCUAUCAUAGCCAAGUGGAUGCUGUGGAUUUGGUUCGGUCUGGAUGGAACCGGCUUCGACGAGGCAGGAAAUUUCCAUUCGGUCUUUGGUCCCGCGCUCAUGGUCGCCUUUGCCUUCUUGGGCAACACGCUGUUCCUGACCCUCACCAUCGCGGUCCUUACGAACACCUUUUCACGCAUCAUCGCCGACGCGACAGGCGAGGUUGCCUUCCGUCGCACCGUAUUGACAUUUGAGGGCGUCAAAAGCGACGCCAUCUUCGCCUACCCACCGCCUACCAACAUCAUCGCCCUCGUGGUACUCCUGCCGCUGAAGCUGCUUGUAUCCCCGGCCGUGUUUCACACCGUCAACGUUUCUCUCGUGCGUGCCCUCAAUGCACCUGCACUGCUGCUCAUAAGUUUGUACGAGCGCCGGCGGUCUUGGAGCGGAGGAGUGUUGGGUCGCCGCCGACGCGGCAAGAACCCCUUCCUAAACUGGCAUUUUACAGGCUUUUCACCCUACGACAACGUCCAGGCUGUGUUUAAAACGUCAGUGCCGGACGAGAUGGGCGACGCUAUCGAGAGGUUGGAUCCUUUGGAAAAGGCUCCUCGGACGCCGAUUGAGCCAGUUGCGGUGGACGCUGAUAUAAGAUUCCGCCGAUAACCCCCUCUGAUUGGCGGCAGAGUGGGCGGGAGGAAUGGCUACAGUGCACGUGAAUAUGGGGAGUAUUUUGGGCACCGUGAAUCAUUACAGUACCAUGCAAUUGUAGCAAGCGUUAGGGGCUUCUGUGGCUGAUAGAGUAGAUCUGUGUGGGAUUUGACUAGAUUAGCGCUAUAAUUGGGUUCACAGUUACAAUUUGUGAUAUUUUCUGCGUGCAGAUUGUAACUAUAGAUUGGCUCGUACAAUUCUUUACACGAGUUUCAGGGGAUACUACUCUGUCGUGUUUUGCUCCGGUGCUUCCG